GGAUGAGAGAGAGAAGCCUAAUUGCUCUCCCAGCAUCAGCAGCAUCUAUAAAGCAUCCUGGGAAUUGCUUGCCCUACGUUCAGAGCAGCUGGUCACAUGAGCCUGAAUUUUCAGUUCAGUUCAUUAGUCAGCCAUUUUGGUCAACACCCUGCUUACUGCGCACGGCCAAUCCUAUGAGAACUCAGCAUCCCAGCUCAUCUGAGCAGAUCCUGGAAGUGAUUUCUGCAGCUCAGGAUUUUUUUUUUAAGCUACAUUGAAAAUAUAGAUUUAUUUUUUGUUCAGGUUUUUCUUUUAUAUUUUUUUUUCUGCACAAAGGAGGAGGAUUUUUCACUUAUUCAUAUCGAGGCCAGAUUUUUAAAGCCAGCUAAGGCAGCAUCGGCUGUGCAGGAUUUAAAGCCUAUAGCUCAGCUGAAAAAAAAGGUGGGGGGCAGGGAAGGGAAGAUAAAAGGAGAGGAAGCUGGGAGAAGACAAGCAUCAUCUUAUUUUGCUAUGUGGUAGGAACUGUCUAUAAGAUAGUGUAGAAUUAUCUUGAGCAGUUUGUUCUUAACCUAUAAGGUAUUUUUCCUUUUUUUUUUUUAAACCUCCCCCACCCUUUUCCUGAAAGCUUUGUUUCAGAGAUUUGUAUUGGGUUUUUUUGGUGAGGAGGUUGUAUUUAUUUUUGUGGUGUGUGUGUGUGUGUGUGUGUGUGUGUCUGUGUGUGUGUUGUGGUCCCAGCUGAGUCAUCAUGUCUGCUCUGACGCCUCCGACCGAUAUGCCAACCCCCACCACUGACAAGAUCACACAGGCUGCCAUGGAGACCAUCUACCUUUGCAAAUUCCGAGUGUCCAUGGAUGGAGAAUGGCUCUGCCUGCGAGAGCUGGAUGACAUCUCACUUACACCUGACCCAGAGCCUACCCAUGAAGAUCCUAAUUAUCUCAUGGCUAAUGAACGCAUGAACCUCAUGAACAUGGCCAAGCUGAGUAUCAAGGGCUUGAUUGAAUCAGCUCUGAACCUGGGGAGGACUCUUGACUCUGACUAUGCACCUCUCCAGCAAUUCUUUGUGGUGAUGGAGCACUGUCUGAAACAUGGCUUGAAAGCUAAAAAAACUUUUCUUGGACAAAAUAAAUCCUUCUGGGGGCCUCUAGAACUGGUAGAAAAGCUUGUUCCAGAAGCUGCAGAGAUAACAGCAAGUGUUAAAGAUCUUCCAGGACUUAAGACACCAGUAGGUAGAGGAAGAGCCUGGCUUCGUUUGGCAUUAAUGCAAAAGAAACUUUCAGAAUAUAUGAAAGCUUUGAUCAAUAAGAAAGAACUUCUCAGUGAAUUCUACGAACCCAAUGCCCUCAUGAUGGAAGAAGAAGGAGCCAUAAUUGCUGGUCUGUUGGUGGGUCUGAAUGUCAUUGAUGCCAAUUUCUGUAUGAAAGGAGAAGACUUGGACUCUCAGGUUGGAGUUAUAGAUUUUUCAAUGUAUCUCAAGGACGGGAACAGCAGUAAAGGUACUGAAGGAGACGGUCAGAUUACUGCAAUUCUGGACCAGAAGAACUAUGUAGAAGAACUGAACAGACAUUUGAAUGCUACUGUAAAUAACCUUCAGGCAAAAGUAGAUGCAUUAGAAAAAUCCAACACUAAACUGACAGAGGAGCUUGCAGUUGCAAACAACAGGAUCAUUACCUUACAAGAAGAAAUGGAACGAGUUAAAGAGGAAAGUUCCUACAUACUGGAAUCCAAUCGGAAGGGUCCCAAGCAAGACAGAACUGCAGAAGGGCAAGCACUAAGUGAAGCAAGAAAGCAUUUAAAAGAAGAGACACAAUUACGAUUGGAUGUUGAGAAAGAACUGGAGAUGCAGAUCAGCAUGAGGCAGGAGAUGGAAUUGGCUAUGAAGAUGCUGGAGAAGGAUGUCUGUGAGAAGCAGGAUGCCCUGGUAUCUCUUCGGCAGCAGCUGGAUGACCUCAGAGCUCUCAAGCAUGAACUUGCCUUUAAGCUGCAGAGUUCAGACUUAGGAGUAAAACAGAAAAGUGAACUAAACAGUCGCUUGGAAGAGAAAACUAAUCAGAUGGCUGCUACCAUUAAACAACUUGAACAAAGAUUGCGCCAGGCUGAGCGAAGCCGCCAGUCUGCUGAGUUGGACAACCGGCUCUUCAAACAGGACUUUGGAGACAAGAUCAACAGUCUGCAGCUGGAAGUCGAGGAGCUCACCAGGCAGCGGAACCAGCUUGAGUUAGAACUAAAACAGGAAAAAGAAAGAAGAUUACAAAACGACAGGAGCAUCCCAGGAAGGGGUUCCCAGAAGUCAGAAUCCAAGAUGGAUGGGAAGCACAAAAUGCAAGAGGAAAAUGUUAUACUAAAAAAGCCCCUGGAAGAAAGCCACAGGCUGGAACCCCACCCUAUGGAUGAACAGGAUCAGCUGCUCCUCUCUGAAAAGCCACAGGUGUGUCAGCUAUGCCAGGAAGAUGGCAGCCUAACAAAGAAUGUGUGUAAGAACUGCAGAGGAACCUUCUGUGAUGCCUGUUCAACAAAUGAACUGCCUCUUCCUUCAAGUAUCAAGCUUGAGCGAGUUUGCAAUCCCUGUCACAAGCAUCUGAUGAAGCAAUAUUCCACCAGCCCAUCAUAAGACUGGAGGCCAAGACCUGGACCAAGACGUUUAUGCAGGCUCUUCUGUACCUGUGUUUUAGCUGUCAGGAUCUCAUAGAGCCCAGUUCUUAGAGUCAACUAAAGAGUUGAUAGGAAUGUACUAGGUCCAGGGAGAAAAGGCAGUGGUUGGGGUUACUGGAAAUUUUGCUCAUUUUCCCUAAUGACUGUAUGAAUAAAAGUGAACUUACUUGAGCCUUUCUCUUCUAAAUCUAAACAACCUGAUAUUGAAGGUUUGCUUUAUGGCAUAUCUUUGGAAGGGCAACUUAUUUUUAUGAUUAGUGAUACUGGGGUGGAUGUAAUAGGAGAGAGAAUCCAGGCAGACAAGAAUAAAAAGGAAAAUGAUCAUCUCCUAUUACAUUUGCAGAUUCAAGGGGGAGAGAUAGAUGCUGAGAUCAAAAUGACAGAUGUUACUUAUUUUUCUAGGUGCUGUUAGCAUAAACAUUGUUUCCUCUUCACCCCUGCUAACUACCUCUUUAAAGUGUUUCUACCAAACUGUGAACCCAAUCUCAGGGAAAAGAAAUGAAAAAGUAAUAUAAACUCUGAAUAUAUUGAAAGCAAUAUUGUAAUAUGUUGUAAUUUCAGGACCAGAAUUUUCUGGUCUUUACCUACAAGGGUUUUCAUUAUCAAAAAAAAAAGAACAUUUGUUUUUCUACUUUAUGGCUUCAAAGUAAAUAACUUCCCUUUUCAGAAUCUCCUUCCACAAAACAAGCCAACUCUUCCCCAUUCCCUCCAUCUUCCUCUCCAAGUCAUAAUGGAAAUUGUAAGGAGUUUUAAAAGUAGGGUUUGCCUUUUGCAAAUAGAAGAUAUUGAUUAAAGCAAAGUCAAAUAUAGAGCAAAAUAAGUGUAAUUUGUUUUCUUGAGACGGGGUCUUGCUCUGUUGCCCAAGCUGGAAUGCAGUAGUGCAAUCAGAGCUCACUGAAUCCCUGUUCUCCCGGGCCUCAAGCAAUCCUCCCACCUUAGCCUCCCAAGUAGCUGAGACUGGCUUUUUUUUUUUUUUUUUUUUUUUUUGGCAGGGGAGGGGGUCUCAUUGGUUGCUCAGCCUGGUCUCAAACUCCUGGGCUUAAGUAGUCCUCCCACCUUGACUUCCACAGUGCUGAGACUACAGGCAUGAACCACCACACCUGGCCAAGUUUAAUUUGUUGAUGGCUGAGAACAGUUAGCUUGGAAUACUUAAGUUGUUUUUUGAAUAAGGAAUUCCUUAUUCUGAGUCACGCAUGAGAGCUGAUAGAUGCUUUCUUAAAAAGGGCAAUAUAGUCAUCCCUUGGUAUCCAUGGGGGAUUAGUUCCAGGAACCCGACUGGAUAUCAGAAUCCAUGGGUGCUCAAGUUCCAUAUAUAGAAUGGGUUAUAUGGUAUUUGCAUAUAACCUACAUACAUCCUCCUAUGUACUUUAAAUCAUCUGAAGAUUACUUAUACCGAAUAAAAUACCUACACAUCACUUCAUUUGCAUGGAUUCAACAUAGUGCUUGGUGUUUGGCAAAUUCAAGUUUUGCUUUUUCGGAACUUUGUGGAAUUUUUCUUUUUCUGAAUAUUUUUGAUUGGCAGUUAGUUGAAGCCAUGGAUGCAGAACCCAUGGAUAUGGAGGGCUGACUGUACUUACAUCUUUGAGUAACAAACUCGUUGGAAAAGAGGGAAGUGUAUUGAGCAAGAGAAGGCAAGAAACAUUAUAUACUAUUUUGAUUCUGUUACGUGUGUCUAUAGAUUGUUUCAUUCUAAUCAAGACCUAAGAAGGUAUGAUUCUGUGACUGGUUUAGAAUUCUGGGGUGCAAAUAUCCUGGAACCAUGUUUUUAAAUAAAUUCUGUCUCUUGGAAAGAGUUAACAGCCUGGGAAAGAGUUGUUAUUCCAAAAGUCAGCCUGUUACUUGGUGAAGCUGAAGUUUGAGAGUUCUGGGGAAAAAUAAAAUCUAAUAAUUCCAGCCUA